AUGGAUACCAACAAGAUUCAAGCCGAAAACCAGGAAGAAGGUGAAGUUUCUACUACAUCUUGUAGUAAGUAUGUGAAAGAUGAUAAUGCCACUUUCCUUGAAAACCUUAAGGGUCAGAUGGACGAAUUCGUCAAUGCCUCAAUGGAGGAACACAAGGCUUGUUUCAAGCACAACAUGGACAAGAUAUUCGAGGAGGUGUCGAAGGCGGUUUCAGCUGUGAAGAACGUUGAGGUUAAUCAAGUGUGUCAGAAGGUAGUUUCAGCUGUGAAGAACGUUGAGGUUAAUCAAGUGAAUCAAACAGCAGAUUCAACUUAA